AUGCCGACGUUCAAAUUAGACGACUUAGAUGAUUCAACAACGUACGGCGGUGAUAAUGACAUGUAUUUUCGGCAGUGGCGGGUCCCAUCUAUGAAACCGGUACUCAAUAAAAAGUAAGCACUUUUUUAGAACGCAGCAGUUUAUCAAAAAUCGUGUUCCUAGAUUAGAUCGUGAUUUCCAAAAAGCCAUAUCAAAGAAAGAGGACUCGAUUAAAAAAAGAGCAGAUGCAAAGAAGAAACAUGACGAAAAGUUCGAGAGAAAGUUGGAGGCGUUAAAUCAGAAGAUGAGUGAAGCAGCAGUAAGUCUAACGUUUCAGAAUUACUCGAUCUACACAUUUUGCAGAUUCCUGACAAGGAAAACAAGCCGUUUCUGCGUGCUCCGACCGAAAUGGAACUGAAGCAACGGAGAGAUGAGCUGAACAAAGAGUACGAGUCGCCAAGUUCAACAGCGCCUGCUCAUCCUGCUGGACAAAAGUGAGUUUUCCCCGGAAUACUCGAAAACUUUCCAAUUUUCAUUGCUUUCUAGGUUAAGGCCACGUGUUGCUCCAGUAUUUGGUUCGAAUAUGGCGGGAUUGAAAAAUCUAGUGCUUCCCCCGACGACGACGUCUUCAGUACUGGGAAGCUUGCCCCGAAAACCAACGUUAUCAGAAAGUAGCACAGGGACAGGCACUCCGAAAGACAACUCGUUCCUGAACAGCAGUCACGAGACGGUAUUCUUCCCGCAGACACACAAUUCGUUUAAUUUGGAUCACUACAACGGAACGAGACCUUCCUUUGCCUUCGCUGGAUUAAACGCGGCCACGUCGACACCUCUUUCAAAGAGCCAUCAGAAGAAAUUCUCGAUUGGAUCGUUAAAAAUCACCGAGGAAGGAAACGAUUCGGUAUUUGAGGGCACAAAAUACGUGACGGCGAUAGAUUCCCCUCAAACGACGACCAUGGUGGAGAAGAUUCAGAUGCAGAAGCUGCAAGCUGAAGAAGAGGCGAAGCGAAAAGAAGAGGAGAGGAAACUAAGAGAAGAGGAGGCGAAGAAGGCCUUGGAUCUUCAGAAGGCACAGGAAGAGAAGGUUCGGAAAGCUAUGGAAGCCAAGAAAGCGCUUGAACAACAGAGGGUCAUCGAAGCUGAAGAUCGGAGAGCAGCCGAAGAUGCCAAAGCUCGCAGAACGAAAGAAGAAGAGGAGGAGACUCAUAAAGCUAAAAAGUCCUCACCGUCUCAGUUCACUCCUCCAUUCAAACUAUUCAAAAACUACAUUGCACUCGAAGAAACGCUUCUCAAGGAAAAGGCGUCAUACGAGAGGACGUCGGAUCCAGCUCGCCGCUCACUGCUGAAGAGAACUAUCACCGAGCGAAUUUCAGUGUUCACAAACCGUCAGACGUCUACUCAAAUGCGCGGAGAAAUUCUCGAGUUCUUCAAGAACAUGCUUCAGAAGGCUAAAGUUGACGGCUUCUCGCUAGGCACAGAAGCACCAAAAGUGCAGUUGGAGACUGACGAAGACGUCAAUUAUGCGGUUUAUUCUAUUGUCCACAGAUACGUUGUAAGUAAUAGAUGCCUUUUCUCACUUGCAAAUGCUCUAUUUUUAGUCCCUCGCGGUCUCCGACGUGGAAUUAGCUCCGACCAUCAGCGAUCUCAUUUCGAGGCUUUCGUCAGUGAUACGUCGCGUCGAGAAGGUGUUCAUCGUAAUGCUGUUCAACAAAUCGGCACUUCUUCGUCAAGAUCCUAAAGAAUGUCGAACGUAUUUUGUGGACUCUCGUCUGGAAAGCGACGAUAAAGCACGGCUUUUGAACGAAGAAAAUGCGCUCAUCACUCUGUUCUUCAAUGUUUUCGUCAAAAGUAAGCUCAUAUCCGCGCUCAAUUGAUUCAUUACCCCUUAAUUCAGAUGCGUACAUCUCAUCGAAAGGUCGGAAGAUGGUGCUGGACGAGGACCUGUUGUGGAGAUAUGCAGAUUCGGCGGUCGAGCAUGCUCCCGAAGUGCCCAAGGCUCCGAUGGUCCUGCUCCAACUGAUUCAGAACUGUGAGCCACGUCUUCGGCAAAAGGAGGAGCGCUGGAAUGCUCUCCUGGAGAAGAUAAGUUCCGAAACGAUUCCACAGCUGGAAGAGGAGACGUUCGCAGGCGAUGAAUCGGUUAUCGGUCGUCUGAAACAGCUUAUGACGGCUUUGCGACGAUGA